GCAGAAUGUUUGGCGAGUGAAUUAGACCAUUAUGACUGAGCCUCCACACUCCAUACACAUGCUGUCAAGCUGGAAAGCACAAAUCUGCAUCAGUCGUUGCGCCAGGUGCUGGAAAUUAGUCAACCGAGAGGACUCCUAACCUCUUAACCGCGUAAGACCAAGUUCAAAAGUGGUCACUCUGCUUAACAAGUCCAGCCCCCCAGACAGCUGCGUGAAGAUUUACAAACUGAUAACCUAUAGACGUGACUGCGUGCGAGCCCACCUCCAUGUCCACUGCCAUGGUGAUGGACCCCUCCGCGGGUGACGCCAGCUACCUGCAGUCCUGCGGGACGGGGGACAGCGCCGCCUCCCUCGAGGACGUCACCGCGGAGUCCGCAGCCAACGAGUCGUCAGAGGAGGAGUCGACCUGCGAGAAAGAGGAAGAAACCAAUCACCAACAAAGCACACAGUCACAAGCCAUCGCCCCGCGUCCCAACUCCCUGGCCGUGGCGUCGUCGGAGGGCACGGGCUUGUGGACCACGCGCGGCGACGGCGAGGUGAAGCUGAGGAUGUCCGAGUCGGGACCGGGGGCCGAGGUGCCGCUGACCGUGGACCAGAUGAUCUGCGGCACGGUGGAGCGCUUCGGGGGAUACACCGCCCUCGGCUGGAAGGAGGGGGAGCAGUGGAAGAGCAUGAACUACCGGGAGUACUACCAGAGCUGCCGCAACGCUGCUAAGAGCUUCCUGAAGCUUGGCCUGGAGCGCUACCAUGGGGUUGGCAUCCUCGGCUUCAACUCAGCUGAGUGGUUCAUCGCUGACAUCGGAGCCAUCCUGGCAGGGGGGUUUGCCGUGGGCAUCUACACUACCAACUCCCCAGAAGCGUGCCAGUACGUGGCGGAGAACUGCCAGGCCAACAUCCUGGUGGUGGAGAACCACAAACAGCUGCAGAAGAUCCUGCAGGUCCAGGAUCAGCUCCCACACCUGAAAGCCAUCAUCCAAUACAAAGACGAACUCAAGGAGAAGAGACCAAAUCUCUACACGUGGGCGGAGUUUCUGGAGCUGGGGAAGGAGGAGCCGGAAGAGCAGCUGGACGCCAUCAUCUCGUCCCAGAAGCCCAACCAGUGCUGCACCCUGAUCUACACGUCGGGCACCACCGGACAGCCCAAGGGAGUCAUGCUGAGCCACGACAACCUGACGUGGACGGCGUUCGCCACGGGCCGUAGGGUGCGUCUGGCCGACGCAGACAAGUCUCCGGAGGUGGUGGUCAGCUACCUGCCCCUCAGCCACAUCGCAGCACAGAUGAUUGACAUCUGGCUCACCAUCAAGGUGGGCGGGGCAACUUACUUUGCCCAACCGGACGCUCUGAAGGGUUCUCUGGCCAACACGCUGCGUGAGAUCCGGCCCACGGCGUUCAUGGGCGUUCCCCGCGUCUGGGAGAAGAUGCAGGAGAAGAUGAAGUCGGUCGGGGCCAAGUCCUCCACCGUCAGGAGGAAGGUGGCGUCCUGGGCCAAAGACGUGGGCCUGCAGACCAACCUCAGCAAGAUGGAGCGUAAUGGUGCCAUGUCCCGGAAGCCCCUCAACUACCGCCUGGCCAAGAAGCUGGUGUUCCGGAAGGUCCGCAAGGCUCUGGGUCUGGACCGCUGCACCAAGUGCUACACGGGGGCGGCGCCCAUCACCAAGGACACGCUGGAGUUCUUCCUCAGUCUAGACGUCCCCGUCUACGAGCUCUACGGCAUGAGUGAGAGCACCGGCCCACACACCAUCUCACUGCCCGAAGCCUUCCGCUUAACCAGCUGUGGGAAGGUGAUCCCUGGCUGUGAGACUAAGAUCGUGAAGCCAGACGCAGAGGGGAACGGAGAGAUCUGCUUCUGGGGCCGACACGUCUUCAUGGGCUACCUGAACAUGGCCGACAAGACGGAGGAGGCGCUGGACGCAGACGGUUGGCUGCACUCGGGAGACCUGGGCAAACACGACCCACAGGACUUCCUGUUCAUCACCGGACGCAUUAAAGAGCUGAUCAUUACGGCCGGCGGUGAGAACAUCCCCCCCGUGCCCUCAGAGGACGCUCUAAAGGAGGCGGUCCCCCUCAUCAGUAACGCCAUGCUCAUCGGAGACAAGAGGAAGUUCCUCUCCAUGCUGCUCACCAUCAAGUCUGAGGUGAACUCCGAUACGGGCGCCCCGGAGGACGAGCUGACCCCCGAGGCGGUGGAGCUGUGCCGUAAGCUGGGCAGCAGCAGCACGCGCGUCUCUGACAUCGCCGGCGGGCGAGACCGGCUGGUGCACGCUGCCAUCCAGGAGGGCAUCACGCGGGUCAACGAGCGCGCCUCCUCCAACGCCCAGCGCAUCCAGAAGUGGACCGUCCUGGAGCACGACUUCUCCAUCACCGGCGGAGAACUGGGUCCCACCAUGAAGCUCAAGAGGCCAGUUGUCAUGAAGAUGUACAAGGAACAGAUUGAGAACUUUUACAAAGAGGUUCCCAGCCCCACCACCCCCGAGACCCCACUGCCUACCAAAUAAAUGUGUACAUGUGCUUGAAUCAGAUCCGCAGACUAGCAUAUCAACGCUGGUAUUGCUUACACACACACACACACACACACACACACACACACACACACACACACACACACUCACUCACUCUAAGUCAUAUACUGAUCUCUCGUGCACUCAAGCAAUCUUGUUCCCUUGUUCAUGUUUUCUGGUGAUUGGGAGUUUUGGGGCUUUGUUUACUUUGGUAAGUGUGAUUUGUUUACUUUGGUAAGUGUGAUUUGUAUGCGAAGGACACGUCAUAAGCCAUUGGUGAAAUAUCCGUAUUCCCAAAAAAAAAGGAAUUGUCUGUCAGGUUAAUUUGAUUUAUUUAUUUAUUGUUAUUAUUGUGAUGAUGAUGAAGUACAAUAAUACGACUGGAUGAAGUCAGCCAUAUCAGUUAGAUCUAUAUUUUUUUGUCAUGAACAUAGGACACACUGCAUGUUCUCCAAAGCUAUAAGGACCUAAUAGAGAUUUUGAGUAUACUGAUAUGUUCAUUUCCAUAUUUGUUUACAUUUAGCCAAGCAUUUUCUUUGAUGUAUACAUAUGACACAUAUUUGGCCAAAUGUUCACAAAUGGAUCAUUUAGAAUUGAUGCCAAAUGCCUUGAAAAGAAGCUUGAACGCUUGAAUCGGUUUCUCUCAGCACCUCUCCUCGACAAAACCCACGAGUACUUUCUCUCUCUCUCUGGGGUGAUGAUGGUGAAAGAGUUUUGUGUUUUGUUCUGUUUUGAGUUCUUUUGUGUUCUGGUUUAGCGGUUCCACUGGCUGCCCUGGGGGAACUCCAGGUGCUGGUUAGGUGCAGGCGUGAGCCCAUUGGUGAAGGAACCAUCUGCCUUGAGCAGAGGUUGUGCACUGAAGCGAUCCUAAAACCAGCUCAUUUAAGCCAUAAAUCACAUUAUCUUAUUGGUUUAUUAUGCAAAAUGAAGCCAGUACUCGGGGGGGGGGGGGUCCGAAAUGCCCUCUAAUGGAUUCUGUGUGAAAAGCCUUGUGUAAGCUUUCUUUUGUAAAUAUUGUAAUUUUCUCGUAUUUUAAAAUAUGUUUUGCAUACCAAUCACUGUUUUCUGUGAUCAUCUUUGAAUCUUGCCUGCCUGACGGAGGAGCUCGGCACUAUGCUGUACCAACACGGUGCCAAUAGUUUCCUCCUCCUCUGACAGUCCUAGCUGAGGCCAUAGCACGGUGCCGUUGAGGAGAUCUCUGAGCGGGAAAUAGUUGAACUAGAAAAAUCCACUUGAAGCACAGGCAGCGAAGGUCUGACGUGUGUUUGACUGCCUGGCAGAAGGCAGCUCUGUGAUGUGUUACAUGUGAAGCACUUUGUCUCAGUAAAUGCAGUUGGGAUUUAGUACCCACAUCAUCUGGACUAGGUAAUGUGGGUGGGAUUUAAGUAGAAAAAAAUCUAGACAUUUGUAAAUAGCCUCAAGAGUUUGGAACUUUUUUUUCUGCCAUUGAUGCAUAAAUAAUUUUCCAUUUCAGGGAUUUAGUCUCCUGACGAUGAUUCAUUAUUUAUUUCCCUAGAGCAGACAUAGUACCCUAGAUUGUCCAAAGAGCGUCUUCAGGUGAAUGACUAGACAGACCGCUAUAAGGAGGGCUUUGCAGAGGAGGUGCCUAGAGUAGAAGUGUAUAUAGUCCGUCGUCCGUCCCCCUUCCCCCGCCAUGACAUGACAUAGAUGAAGAUGGUAGCAUGUUAGAGCUCUGAAUGUGGAUAUGAAGGUGAGACAGACCUCAUAUGGUUCAAACACGUUUGGAAUUGAAUCCACAACAAUAAUUUCAUUACAUUCAACUGCUGGCUAUUUUUGCUUUUAGAAAAAACCCACUGAAGGAAUGCCAGACAUUUACCUUCCAUUAACAGUCUCUCAGCACUUCUGUGCUAGUCAUUACGCCAGGCGCUAAAGGUCACCGAGCCUAAAGGUCACCGAGCCUAACAAACGGGUCUUCAACUCCUGCAACGAGAGAAUUCCACCCAGACAAAAGCAGCCUAUGAGAACUGGUGUUCACCUGACCGCAGACAGAUGAGGUCGCUGACACCUGCGGUGGUGUGUGUAUGUGUGUGGUGUAGUGUUUGUGCAUGUCAUUGUUUGUCCCUGGGCCCUUUUAGAUUUGGGCUGAGUCACUCAGCCUGUGUGUGUGUCUAUAUUCGGGCUGGAUGCAUGUGAGUGUGAGCUGAUAAAGAAAUAAAGCUGAAGUAUACUGA